AUGUCACUACCAGCUAAACCAAUCACACCACAAGAAAUAAAAUAUUAUAUUACUAAACUACACAACAACAAAUUCCCAGGAUAUGAUCAAAUUAACAACAAAAUACUCAAACAACUAACAAAUAAAACCAUCCUUCUUUUGACUCACAUAUACAACACAAUGCUCAGGUUAUCAUACAUUCCCCCAAUAUGGAAAUUCUCAACAAUAAUAUUAAUUGCUAAGCCAGAAAAACCAAAGCAUUUG